AUGAAAUAUUCCACAAUCACUCACAGUCUUAGUAUCCUUGUAAUAUGUUUCCUACUAACCAACACGGUUGAAGCAUAUCUCGUGCAUAUAUAUGCCACCAAUGACUCAUAUUGGAACCCAAUUGACACCUGUAUACCAUACGUAACAAAUUGUGACGGCCAAGGGACUAAGAUAUGCGACGGUCAAGAAGCAAUCUGCGCCGGUGGCACACUAUUGGAUUGCGAGGUACCAGAUGGCCAGUGGUCUUGUGCUCAUGUAAAGAAAACAAACGUCGGUACUGGAGAUGUGUACUAUGCAACAAACGAAGCUUCGUGUUUUGCAUACAAAGGUUAUAACAACGGCGCUUGGGAAUUUAAUAAA